CGCGUCCCCGGAAAUCCCAUGGUACCCGGCGUUGGAGGUGUAGGAAGUGCUGCUUCAAGCGGAGAGGAGGUCGUAAGUCAUGUGACGGCAGCUUUCAGAAAGACCUGUCUUUGACGCUGUCCCUGAAGGACAGCAGGCAGCCCAGAGCCCUGCGACCCAAAGAACCGGGCAGCCCAGAAACCGGGCGUGGAUAUUGAACCUGCGGGAGAAAGGGGUUCGUCAUGGCGGAUGACCUAAAGCGAUUCCUGUAUAAAAAAUUACCAAGUGUCGAAGGGCUCCAUGCUAUUGUUGUGUCCGAUAGAGAUGGGGUGCCUGUUAUUAAAGUGGCCAAUGACAAUGCUCCAGAGCAUGCUUUGAGACCUGGUUUCUUAUCUACUUUUGCCCUUGCAACAGACCAAGGGAGCAAACUUGGACUUUCAAAAAAUAAAAGUAUCAUCUGUUACUAUAAUACUUACCAGGUGGUUCAAUUCAAUCGUUUACCUUUGGUGGUGAGUUUCAUAGCCAGCAGCAAUGCCAAUACAGGAUUAAUUGUCAGCCUAGAAAAGGAACUUGCUCCAUUAUUUGAAGAAUUGAGACAAGUUGUGGAAGUUUCUUAAUCUGACUUGGUUUUGACGUCUACCUUAUCUUUAUUAUAAAUAGGCACAAUAUCAAUCUAGCAAUCUUUAGACCGCAAUACUUGUAUCCAUGUACUCAAGAAAGGGCCCCAUCUUCCACCUUACACUAAAGGAAGAGCCUAUAAAUAGAAUUUAUGGGUAGAUUGAUUAUCUUUUCUUGUACAGGCACUUAUUUACUGAGAUCUGGGGAUACCGCAGAAAUGGUUCUAUCACAGCUCCCAUGGAGUUAGUCCAGCCAUCAAAUCUGCAUGAGAUUCUGUUCGGUGGGUCAGAAUCAAAAUGGUACUUUGAUCCACUCGAGCCAUGACGUGCCCCUAUUGUACCAUACACCCAGGUCUGCAGAAUGGAGCAAACCUUUUUGUUGUGAAUAAUAAUUAGGACAUAUUUUUUUUCGUAUUGUUUUAUUUGUUGCAUUGAGUGUGAGGAAGGUAAAAUGGCUUAGUAAAAGUAAUAAAAUCAGUACAAUCACUAACUUUUCUAUGUAUAUUAUUUUGCAGUAUAGAUGAAUAUUACUAAUUGAUUUGAUUCUUCUCAGAGAGUGCUGCUCUUUAAUGAAAAGGAAAAUGAUAGCUAAUCGUUUUUCCCCCACUCUGCUUUCUAUAACCAAUCAGUAUUUUAAUGUUUGUGUGUUCUUUAUAAAAUUUAGAGUUGGUUGAUUCAUUGUUGAACUCUGUUUCCAAUAUUGGUAUGUAUGUAAAACAUGAUACAGCCAUUUUUUCAUACAUGAGUAUAAAUAAAAUAGUAUUUUUAAAAGUA